AUGACGGGCGACACCUACAUCGAAAAGGCCCCCGAAUCCCCAGCAUCCCAAGCCAACACAGAUGCGACUCUAGCUGAGGAGUUUGUUGAAACCGCCGACGACACCCACUCCACGAUCCAUCCGUCCGUGCGGACAGAUUCGAUUGAUAUCGAGAGUGCACAGCCUCAAGGGAAGGAAAAACGCCCCAAACUGCUCCAACGGAUAACGGUGCCUUUUCGUUCGGCACCUGAACCGGAAUAUGUGACUGAAAAUAGAACGCGCAAGUUGGAGGAGACGCCCAAUGGAUUUCCCAGACUCGCUGCAUUCCAAGCAAGCGAACCAAAUUUCUCCCUAUACCGCUCUUUCAGCUACUUACACUCACGCGUUCUGCUUGACCUACAAGAUCAAAUCACUUGUCUAGAGAAGGAGCUGGACGAAAUUGAUUGGGAAGACCAUGACGAAGAUGCCGACCGUUUGAAGUCAAGAGACUAUGAUGUUCAACAGCCUGAUGGAGAAGGGGAGCCACGUACCCGCCGAGUUAUACUUCGUGAGAUCCAGUCGAAGCUAUUAGAAUAUGACGAGGUCCUCAUCAAGGCAAGGACACUAGAGUCGUUCCAAAGACCUUCAGACCGCAACUACCGCAGCGUCCGGCGCUAUUGUCACAACCAAAAGCCACUCAUGGACGCUGAAAUGGACUCUAUCCGCACCAAGGAAGACAUUGUCUCACUGCACAACGGCCGUGAAUGGGCUACUUUUGACGGUGGCGUGGAGACAGUAAUUGGCCAAAUCGACCGCCUUCUGCAAAAGGUCUUUCGAACCGAAUCUUUGCCACUCCAGAAAUACUUUCGCACACCAGAGGCCCAGGAGAAAACAACAAACCCCUACGUGUCUUUCUACAGCAGCUCCCGCAUCGACAAACUCGUCAACGUACUCAUUACCGUGGUUAUCUUUUGUCUCCUCGUCGUCCCCGUAGUUACCAUGUACCAGCUCACCAGUACCGCUGCACAUGAGCCCAGUCCUACUGACAAGAACGCUGCUGCUGCCGUGGAUAUAAAUAAGAGGGAUACCUUCAAUGCUGUUGGUGUUUUAAUGGUUUUCACACUGCUGUUUAGUGCGGCGAUGAGUUUGCUCACCAAAGCGGCUAGGCACGAGCUGUUUGCCGCGUCUGCAGCUUAUUGCGCCAUCUUGGUUGUAUUUAUAGGGAAUUUUACGGGACCUGGGAAUUGA